AUGUCUUUUCGCGGAGGGGGCCGUGGUGGCUUCGCCACUGGUGCUAAUCGAGGAGGAUCUUACGGUGGUCGCGGUGGUCGCGGAGGCUUCCAGCCGUCGUUCGGUCCGCCCGCGCAGGUUCUGGAGAUGGGAAGCUUCAUGCACGCGUCUGAAGGCGAGCUCGUUUGCGAAUCGAUCAACCCCAAGAUUCCCUACUUCAACGCCCCCAUCUACCUCGAGAACAAGACUCCUAUUGGAAAGGUCGACGAGAUCCUAGGCCCCAUCAACCAGGUGUACUUUACCGUCAAGCCUCAGGAGGGCAUUGUCGCAACCUCUUUCAAGGCUGGUGACAAGGUUUUCAUCGGCGGUGACAAGCUCUUGCCUCUGGAGAAGUUCCUUCCCAAGCCCAAGCCCCCACCGGGUACGGACCCCAACCCUUCAAUUCGUUUUACACUUUCAACUAACAUAAUUCUAGGUGCCGCGAAGCCGAAGAGGGUUACCAAGCCUGGUGCUCGUGGUGGUGGAAUGAGGGGUGGACGUGGUGCUCCCCGCGGUGGCAGAGGCGGCGCUCCCCGUGGACGCGGAGGUUUCGGGGGUGGUUUUGGAGGUGGUUUCGGGGGUAGGGGAGGUGCCCCCCGUGGUGGAGGUUUCUCGAGAGGCGGCGGCCGUGGUCGCGGAGCCCCUCGUGGCCGAUUCUAG